AUGUUGAAAUCCUUCAGCAAGCGCAUGAUGCCUCGAUUACCGCAGUUUGUACCUGUUGACAUCAGCCGGACUUGUGGCGCAUAUUCGAAGCUGCGGGAGCAUGAUGAGGUGCUGUUCCGCCGAAUGGCCACCGAAAUGCCGCACAAGCUUCCCCUUUUUGAAGGAUACCAGCUUGGAGUGGUUGCCAAUGCCUAUGCUCGUAUGGACAUCCGAGACGACCUGCUUUUUGAUGAUAUCGCGGACGAGGUUCUUCGUCGACCGCAUGAACUGAAUCAUGUAACCUUGCUGCUUCUGGCGAAUGCAUUUGCACACUUCAAGAUUCGACACAGUCGCUUGUGGCCGGUUCUGGCAGAGUGGUUACUGGAAGCGCAGCUGGACUUUCAGGCACAGGAUAUUGGCGCAGUGCUCAAUGCACUCAGCGCCGUCGACUAUCUGGACGAGGCGCUUCUGCGAAGUCUGCUUGCAAGCCUCUCAGAGGAGCCGCUGCUUUCAGAAGCCACGCCAGCAACGCUGUGUCUAGUCUUCAAUGCACUGGGUCGACUGCGGCGCCCGCAGCCGGCUGAUGUCGAGGCUGUGCGCGCCGUUGCCGUACUGUCUCAGCAAGUUUCAACUGGGUUGGACUCUCUUGGUCCGCCCAGCUUAAUGCAACUUCUUCAUGCCUGCGCCAGAUGGAAACCCUUGCGAUCCCCAGAUCUGACAGAGGGCAUUCUGCAGAACGUCAGCCAGAGGAUCUCACAGUUUCAAGCCCAGUCAUUGUGCCUCCUCGUGCACUCCUGCUCGCGGCUCCAACAGAGGGAUGUGCGGCUGCUCACGCAGGUCGCCAAGGCCAUGGCGCCGCAGCUGUCUCAGUUCACACCCCAGGCUCUGGCACUGACAGCUCAUGCCUUUGCGAGGCUGGAUGUGCGAUCCGAAAUCCUGUUCUAUUUGAUGGCGGAGGAGAUGGUGCAGAAAAUGCCACUUUUCUCUGGUCAGGGAGUGGGCUUGACGUUGCAGGCCUUCGGAAAGCUGCAGAUCAAGAACCAGAAGCUUAUUCGAGCCUGCAUCAAACAUGUGCGUGCCCUAUCGGAGGAGCUGACUGGUCAGGAGGUGGAUGCCAUAGAAGCAGGCUUGCAGCAACUCGAAAUGCUUGAUGGUUCAACAGAUGCCCUUCUGCGCAGCUUGCGGCGAAAACUCAUGAUGCAGGCAGCUUAUUCCCCUGAGGAUGACCCGUGGGAAGCAUCCGCCGAAAGUUUGCUGCAGCGGUUGUCCGAGGAUGCCGAGAAGGUAGUCAGAGCUGACUCCCAGUACAGUGUCCCCUUGCCGAAGCAGACAUCCGAAGAUUCCGUGGGGGCGUCUCCCGAGCACAUCCAGCCUGAUGAUGGGCCGGCAGACCUGUGGGCCAUGUGGUCGUCGCACCCGCGUAGUGAUGCUGUUGAAGGAGACACUCCUGCAUCAGACGUUGAUUCCGAGACUGCUGGUGCAACGCCCCGCGCGAAGCUCAAGGAGUACCUGUCAAGGCCAGCGGUGAUCGGCCGGAAGACGAUGGUCGUUGGAGAGUUACAGCGUGGGCGCAAAAGUGGGCGCAGACAAGACAAGGCCAUGUAG